UAUCAGAAAAGGCUGUUGUCAUAUAGCCUUCGUGUAGUAUUUGCAUACCUCAAAAUUAUUAAGAUUGUCUAUGAUCAAAAUGAGUACGUCAUACAGCAAACUAAACUCUAACUUGGAUCUCAGAUGUCAAGUGUUGUUUGGUGUGAAUGUGCGCGCUUCGAACUAUGUAAUGCAGUAAUAUUUUUUAUAUGAGUGAACUCGUGUUAAAUCUCACCAUAAGUUUAAAAUAAUAAAAAUUUUCGUAGAAAAAAAUCACAAUAGUUCGAUAAUUAAGAUAUUCGUUUUCAAUAAGUGAGUAAUUUAAAACUUAUAUCCUGUUCGAAGUUCAAAACAAGGCCGCGUUUUAUAGUGUAUUAACAAAAUUUCUUUGUUUUGUACAUGGGAAGGAAAAUAGAAAACAAUGCACUCCGCUGAGUAUUAGAAUGGAAAAUCAUAUAAAAAGUGAAUGAUGUGACGUAGCGCCAUCUAUUGACGGCCGCUUGUAUUUAAAUAGUGGUUUGAUUAAUAACGAAAAUGAAGUUAAAUUUAUUUAAAAGGUCUAUGAUAUUUGCUACGUUUUUUGGCUCGUGCCUCUGUAUAGCGCUGAUUGUGGCUUCAUUGGGCACCACGCAUUGGGUGGACGCUAGAGCGAAACGUUUGUCAAAUACAUUGGACUCUGAGGGUAGAAUUAGCUUUGGUCUCUUUGAAGGUCACAAAGAACUAAACUUUGGAGGGUACGGAUGGAGAUAUUAUGAAUUCAGUAUCCGCACCGGCACUCACCCGGCCCGCCGCUGGGCCUGGUGCGGCACAGCGGCACAGCUCGCUGCGGCACUUGCCGCUGCAGGUGGAGCUUGUUUACUAGCGGCACUGGGAUCUGCCGCUAGGAAUGCCUGCUCACCAAAACCAUUGCUUGUCUGUAACGGUGCCACUGUUUUAUUCAGUCUGGGUGCGAUAGCGGUAUGGCUGACAGAAUUCUUCCUACGUCUUCAGCACAAUGUAAUGUCGGACGAGGACCUUGCCAACACAUGGUCUUCAGACAUGACUGCGGAUUUAGGAACCUCGUUUUGGCUAGUGGUGUCUUCUUGUAUAGCCGCCUUCAUCAAUAUCAUAUGUAUCCUGGUAGCUGCAUCUGAAACGGAGCCUAAUGCACCGGCCUUAGAAGAAAAACUCAAUGGAGCGAUUAUGUUGUAUUAAUAGUUUAAAAUAUUUAACAAGCUAGCGACGGUAUUAUCUACGGACUGUUUAUGCUCGCAUUGUUUAUGUCACUUUGAAGUUUUACUCAGUAUUAUAAGAAUUCAUAAGUAUUAUAAAAACAUUUACAUAAAGUGCUCAAAUAUCCGUCCGAAAGAUUAUUUCUGAGAUUUAAUCGUCUACAUUAUUAAGUGUAAGUAAGUUUAAGUUAAUAAGGCUGAUAAUUUGGGUAAGACGAACAUCUGACGCACAUCCGUCCUGUAACUAACGCCAUCUCUUGAUAACAUGAAGGAACUAAAGUUUUAUUGUAUAUGUUUGUAGAGCUGAUAAUGUUUUGGCCACUUCAAUGAAGUUGGAGAGGAAUUAAAAUUAUACGAAACAUCAAAUAUUAAUUCUCUCUCAAGGACUUAACUUUUCAUUUUCCUUUUUAAUCUUUAUAUAUAGAAUAUUUUGAUUAAGUGCUCCUAUUUGUAUGUUGUUUCAAUGUUUUAUACUUAAUACAUUCCUAUCGCAUUUCAACAAGGAACAGAUACUUCCAAACGAAAAUGUACAAAAGUUUUUAUAAAUAAAAUGUUAGUAUUAGCCUUUUUUAACAAUUGUCUCUCCUUUAUAUAUAGAGCAGUAAAAGGAGUAAGUUCAAAAUAUUCAAGCAUUAAAAUAAAGUAUUACAAGGAAAGAUUUACUGAAGUUUUUUUAUGUCUCUAUAUGAUUACAAUUAUAUCUCAAUGAACUUGUGUUGUGUAUGAUCUGUUCUUAAUUAGUGCCAUUAGUUUAAGCAUUUUUAUGUUUUCUAACUAGUUUUAAUGUAUAACAUUCCAUCCAAAUGUUCUUUUAUUAAAACUAAUCAAAUUUUA